AUGGAAGGAUUGUCAGAAGAGGAGAGAUUGAAAAUCGAAGCCGUUAUAGCUUGUGCAGAGCUGGACGCUGCAGCGGACGGUACACCGCCGCUACCGGUCGCACAUUUGCCCACCGUACCGUCCACAGAAACAUUGAGAGAUUCGAGCGAACGUAUUGUCGGCCGGCUACAUGAGGAGCACGAUCAAGAAAAACCAGUAGUUUUUUCUGAUUAUCCAUUAUCGCAGUCGCCAUCCGCUGUAUCCACAAAGAGGUAA